UAAAGGUAGCGGUAGUUAUGACCGAAUGUUAGUUUCUAUUUCAGUUUUUUAAAGGACCAAAACCUUUGUUAGAAAAAGGUUUCCUCAAUCAGUUGUGGUUCUAUGCUAAGUUGUUAUCUUUUGUUCAUUCACUCUCCCCGGCGCCUUGAGUUUAUAUCUGUGUACGUCCUUGUGGACUAAUUUUUGAUUAAUCAAUAAGGCUGCAACUACGAAUCGUCCGAAUCAAAUUAAUGGGGUUGAAAAAGCCAUCCUGCUCCACAUGUGCAACUUGUGGUUGUAAUAACAACAAUGGCAACUCUGCUAGCUCUGAUCAAGUAGUAAAGGACGUCGAUUGGGACAAUCUUGGGUUCGCCUUCACUCCCACCGAUUAUAUGUACGUCAUGAAGUGUUGUCAAGGUGACACCUUUUCGGACGGUGAAUUGCAGCGUUUUGGAAACAUAGAAUUGAGCCCGUCUGCAGGGAUACUAAAUUACGGACAGGGACUGUUUGAAGGUUUGAAAGCCUACAGAAAACAGGAUGGCAGCAUUUUACUAUUUCGUCCUGAGGAAAAUGCUCUGAGGUUAAGGUCUGGCGCUGAGCGUCUGUGCAUGCCCUCUCCAACCAUUGAACAGUUUCUGGAAGCUGUAAAAUAUACGGUUUUAGCUAAUGAGAGAUGGGUACGUAAAGUUACCAUGCAUAAUUUUUCAUAUGUAGUAUUCCUGCUGGACUACUUUUUUUGGGACAUAUAUAGGGAGUAUCUUAUUGAACGGUGUGCUCACCAGAAGGUUUGUUUUUUUUUUUUGUUUUAUUUGGGCUGGCUUGAUCUCUUUUGGCAGAUUCCUCCAGCUGGUAAAGGUUCUUUAUACAUUCGACCAUUGCUAAUUGGAAGCGGAUCUGUGCUUGGUGUUGCACCGGCUCCGGAAUUUACAUUCUUAGUUUAUGCAUCUCCUGUUGGUAACUAUUUUAAGGAAGGUUUAUCACCAAUAAAUCUAAUAGUUGAGACUAAUAUGCAUCGUGCCUCCCCUGGUGGUACUGGAGGCGUGAAAACUGUUGGUAAUUACGCAGCGGUCCUAAAGGCUCAGACUGAAGCGAAAUCAAAAGGAUAUUCUGAUGUCCUGUACCUGGAUAGUGUUCACAACAAAUACGUAGAAGAGGUCUCCUCUUGCAAUGUUUUUGUAGUCAAGCAAAAUAAGAUAUGUACCCCUGCAAUAAAAGGAACCAUUCUGCCUGGGAUUACACGGAAGAGCAUUAUAGAUAUUGCUCGUGGCCUAGGCUUUCAGGUUGAGGAAGGGGCGGUAACAGUGGAUGAGUUACUUGAAGCUGAUGAAGUAUUCUGCACAGGAACAGCUGUUGUGGUGUCUCCCGUUGGAAGCAUAACUUAUCUUGAUCAAAGGGUUACCUAUGGAAAAGGUGGAACCGGCCCUGUGGCACAGCAACUGUAUUCUGCAUUAACAAGUCUGCAGAUGGGAGUGACAGGGGAUAAAAUGGACUGGAUUGUUAGGCUUAACUAGUAGUUCCUUCUGUGGAAUAUAUGUAUUGUUCAUUGGAAAGAUAGUCAUUGCUGUAACUUUGAUUUUAAGUUCCCGAAUAAUUAACCUACUCUCUG